UGCUAUAUUUAUUGUGUCUUCACUAGCUGUUGGUCUUACUGCCUGCCCAGAACCACUUGUGCCAAUGAACGGUAUUAGAAAUGGGGAUCGCUACAUGGUUAAUGAUGUAGUAUCUUUUCAAUGUGAACCUGGCUACACAUUACAGGGGCAUUCCCAUAUUUCCUGCAUGCCUGGAACAGUACGACGUUGGAAUUUCCCUUCACCCCUUUGCAUUGCAAAAUGUGGUGGAACACUGAUGAAGAUGGCUGGAGUAAUAUUAAGUCCCGGUUUUCCUGGAAACUACCCAAGCAACUUAGACUGCUCCUGGAAAAUCUCAUUACCAGUUGGUUUUGGGGCUCACAUUCAGUUUGAAAAUUUUUCAACUGAGGCAAAUCAUGAUAUUCUUGAGAUACAAAACGGUCCCUAUCAUACAAGUUCCCAAAUUGGGCAGUUUAGUGGUCCUGAACUCCCUUCAUCAUUGCUAAGCACCACUCAUGAAGUUCUUAUUCACUUUUUUAGUGAUCAUUCUGAAAAUCGACAAGGAUUUAAGCUUGUAUAUCAAGCCUAUGAAUUGCAAAACUGUCCAACCCCGCAUCCAUUUAAGAAUGGGUACAUCAUUAAUUCUGAUUAUAGUGUGGGACAAUCAAUAUCUUUUGAAUGUUAUCCAGGAUAUGUUCUGAUAGGACAUGCUGUUCUCACUUGCCAACAUGGUAUUAAUAGAAACUGGAACUAUCCUUUUCCAAGAUGUGAA